CAGUUGUGUGAAAAUGGCGACCAAGAUUUUAGUGUGGUUGCCUGGGAGGUUCCAGACCCUUGGUGCCCUCCUGAAUCGCACAUGGGCUCCUGCAGGAUGUCAGUGCCGUGAACUCAUGACUGACAGAAAAAUAAAUGACUUUAAACAAACUAGUCUGGUUCCCUACAGAGAACAGAGUACAUCAGUAACUAAAACUAAGGAGGAUGCUGAAGUACAACAGACAACUGAUAAAGGUGUUGUGAAACGCAAAAAGUAUUCACCAUUUUUGGAAACAAGUGGCAAGGCAGAGUUUGCGUUGGCACGUAUGGAUGACUUGGUAAACUGGGGGAGGAAGGGUUCCCUUUGGCCCAUGACAUUUGGUCUAGCCUGCUGUGCUGUAGAGAUGAUGCAUUUCGCUGCGCCAAGAUAUGAUAUGGACAGGUUUGGUGUAGUGUUUCGAGCCAGUCCUCGUCAGUCAGACUGUAUCAUUGUAGCAGGCACACUCACAAAUAAGAUGGCACCAGCUUUAAGAAAGAUUUAUGACCAGAUGCCUGAACCUCGCUUUGUCAUCUCCAUGGGAAGUUGUGCGAAUGGUGGAGGGUACUACCACUAUUCUUACUCUGUAGUCCGAGGCUGUGAUCGUAUCAUACCUGUAGAUAUUUAUGUGCCUGGAUGUCCACCAACAGCUGAAGCUUUGUUAUAUGGAGUGCUGCAACUACAGAAAAAGAUCAAGAGGAUGACCAUAUUUCAAAAGUGGUACCGAAAAUGAACCACUCCUUUUGUCAGCUUUCUAUAAAACUUUUGAAAACAGAUAUAACACGUCCUUUUGUGUGUGUGUUUGAAAUUAACUCUUCACCAUUGAAUGAAGAAAUAUCGUUUGCGUAGUCUUUUUUUUUUAAUUUGUAAAAAGACACACAUUUGUUUAUGGAAUCUGGCAGUAGUAAACGAAUGCUGAUUGACAGUUCUUGUGCAACUAUGUGUACAGUAUUGAAAAUUUGGGUCAAAUUUUUAUAUAUAUAUUAUGUAUAAGAUCCAAGAAAUGACGGUGAUUGUAUUGUGUAAAUAAUGCUGAUGUGUUUGCACAUAUCUGUCAUUAAAAGUAGGAAAUUGAAA